ACGAACGGCAUGACAAGCAGCCGUGGACGCUACCAAAUUUCUGGGGGGUGCAGAGUACUGACUCACUUUUAGUGUCUCCAGCGCUCAACGCUCAUCUUCAACACAGUACGGUUCUCCGAACGCCUUCGGCCACAGCGCGGUCUGAGGUCCCGUCCUGGGACUCACUUCGACAUCCGCGCCGCCCCUCUCUGCGCGGUUGGGUCAGUCCACCCACCACUUCCACAUGUUAGCUUGAGUUGUUAGCCCUCCGGAGCUGCUGCAGUUCUCCACAGAGCCGAUGCUGGAGGAAGACCCAAACGGAAUUACUGCGUUCUUGUUGGAUUAAAUUCUCCGGUCGGAAUCAGCUGACCUGUCAUCGAAAGGGGAGUUGACCAGUUGUGACACUGGCGUGAGUGUGUGUGUGUGUGCACGUGUGUGUGCUGGUACUAGUAGAGCUGUUUGUGUAUAUGAGUUUACUGGUACCAAUACAGGAGUGAGAGAGAGAGAGUGAGUGGGCGUCUCUUGGGGCGGAGCUCCGAAGAGGGGCGGAGUUUCCAGGCAGAAGUUGGUCAAAAAUGAACAAAUUGACGUUCCACAACAACAAGACCAUGCAGGACCGCCGUUGUGUGUGUGUGUUUCUCCCUAAUGAUGACACACUUAACGUCAUUGUCACUGUGAAGACUUUGUGUCAGGAACUGUUGGUGCAGGUGUGUGAUCUGCUCCGUCUGAAGGACUGUCACCUGUUUGGCCUCACUGUUGUUCAGAACAAUGAGCAUAUCUAUAUGGAGCUGGGACAGAAGCUGUCAAAAUACUGUCCAAAGGAGUGGAAACGAGAGGCGAGCAGGGGAAUUGAUCAGUUUGGACCUCCGAUGAUCGUACACUUCAGAGCUCAGUACUAUGUGGAGAAUGGCAGGCUUAUCAGUGAUCGUACAGCGAGGUAUUACUACUAUUGGCAUUUGCGGAAGCAGGUGUUGCAUUCCCAGUGUGUGCAGCGAGAGGAGGCUUAUUUCCUGCUAGCUGCGUUUGCUCUGCAGGUCGACCUGGGAAAUUUCAAACGGAACAAGCACUUUGGGUCCUACUUUCAACCGGAGGCCUACUUCCCUUCCUGGGUGAUCACUAAGAGAGGGCGAGAAUAUAUUCUGCGUCACAUUCCCAAUAUGCAUAAGGAACAGUUUGCUCUGACUGCUUCAGAAGCUCAGCUGAAGUACAUCAAAGAAGCAGCACUCCUGGAUGACGUCACUGUCCACUACUACCGCCUCUACAAGGAUAAGAAAGAAGUGGAGGCGUCUCUCACUUUGGGACUUACCCUGCGUGGGAUUCAGAUCUUUCAGAAUGUGGGCGCUGUGAGGCAACUCCUGUAUGACUUCCCCUGGACCAAUGUGGGCAAACUCGUAUUUGUGGGGAAGAGGUUUGAGAUCCUGCCCGAUGGCUUGCCCUCUGCCAGAAAGCUCAUCUACUACACGGGCUGUCCUAUGCGUUCCCGCCACCUCCUACAGUUGCUUAGCAACAGCCACCGCCUGUACAUGAACCUUCAGCCUGUACUUAAGCAGGUCCGGCGUUUAGAGGAGAAUGAAGAGAAGAAGCAGUAUCGAGAGUCGUAUAUCAGUGAUGCUCUGGAGCUGGACAUGGAGCAGCUUGAGCAGCGUUCUCGUGCGAGCGGCAGCAGUGUGGGGAGCGUCUCGCGCCAGAAACGCUUCUCACGACACUCCACAACCAGCCACAGCAGCUCCCACACAUCAGGCAUUGACACAGACAGCUUCCGUACCCCAGCACACACAUCCCACCGGCCGUUACGCACACACUCUUCCUCCAACACUAGCCAUGCCAGCACACACACAUCCGGCAUUGAGAGCAGUGGCAAAGAGCGAGGCCUGGAUGAUGAUGAGAUUGAGAUGUUGGUUGAUGACCCUAAAGACUACGAGGAGCUGCAUGAGUUAGCGCUGGACCUCAGUCAAGACCUCUGCAUUCAUAUCACUGAGGACAUGCUAUCAUCUGCACAAAACAAUGGAUACUCGGGUUUAGUUGUGAAGGAAGUGAGCUCAUCAACAUCUAGUUCUUCUGAGACUGUGGUGAAGAUGAGAGGCCAAAGCAUUGAAUCCCUUCCUCAGACGGUGUCAGGCAGGAAGUCUCAGAGCUCAACAGAUCGGCACAGCCAGUCUCUGGAUGAUGUUCGUCUGUACCAGAGGAAUUGCCAGGAGUGGGCGGAGCUCUGUCAGGAUACUGCCCAUAGUUACACGUUUGGCUGUGCUGAAGACCUUGGCGAUGGUGUCGGCUGUGUCUACCAGGGACUUGCGGAACAGUGUGCUGGUAUCCGUGACAACCAGCACCCUUUCCCCAUCAAAAGAACCAACAAGUACUUCUCCCUGGACCUGACUACAGAGGAGGUGCCUGAGUUUGUAGUGUGAGGGUGAUAAAAACAAAACAAAAGGACAGAGGACUUUUAGUGUGUGUGAGAGAGUGUGAGGAGAAUAAUGUGAUGGAGCUGCUGAUUUCAGCCUUUGGAAGUGAAAGGGAAACUGCGCCAGUCUGUCUCACCAGUCAGCUGCUUUAGGCAAGAGUGAACUCUUAUCUAGGAGAGUGUGUGUGUGUGUGUGUAUGCUGGUCUGUCUGUCUUUGCAUGCUAAUCAGAAUGGGAUAUUCCAUUUCAUGUUUAUUACAUUAAUCAGUGCUAUUGGACCUUAAGGCACACCCACACUGACACUAACAUCUCUGUACUAUAAGUGCAGAGUGAGUUGAGGAAUCUGCCACUAUGAGAUUAGAAGGACAAUAUAAGAGUCUUUAAGACUCAGGUGUCAGGUUAUUUUAGUGUCUAUGUGUGUGUGCCACAGUGUUUCAGUGGAAGUGUUACUGACAGACUCGAUCAUACCAUAUGAGCUAUGAACCAAAGACAGGCAGCACUCAGUGUUCAAUAAGAAAAGGAGUAUACAGCCAUAUUGUAAAAAUCUUUGAGGACAGGAAAAGUGUGUGCGUGUGUGUACUAACGUGUAUUAUGAUGUGGUGCUGGCCACGCUGUCUGAACCACCUGUGCCUUUCUUACACUAUGCAAAUUCUGAGACCCAUAAACUGUUCUCUCAGCUCCUCAGUCUUGCACCAAAUACAUUUACCCCAACACCAAGCAGACAGGCAGAGAUCACUCAAAACUGCUACAGACAGUUUUGAAUGAGGAUCGUGGUGGAAGUUCCUUCUCUGAUGUUCUCUAAGCUGAACUAUGAUAAAUGGAAAGACCAGUGCAAGAAAAAAGAUGCAAAAAUAUCUAAAUUCAGAUUUUUUUAGGUCUUCCACACACUGACAACUGGUGCUUUGAGUUUACAUGAUUCAAACAUGUCAGUUGGCACAUAUCACAAGUCAAGUGUGCUUCUUUGUGUGGUUGUGUUAUUCACAUGCAGCUAACUGACAAAUUUGAAUCAAAGCACCAUUUUUUCAGUGUUGUUAGUUAAGCCACCUGUCUGCUCUGUGGUGAGACACACACACACAUAUAUAUAUAUAUAUAUA